ACUACCGUGGUGAGAAUAAAGUGAGCAGUGCCCUUGCGUCCAGUCACAGCGCGGCGGUACCGGCGAACACCACCGCUUCUCCAACAGGACACCGGAGGUCAAGUGCUCCACCGGAAGUGCGCGUUAUGUCCGUAAGUGUUUGACGUACCCAGCAUGUGGAGCCACUUUCUCCUUGGAUGACCUUACGCUCCGCGGGGGGGGGGCAGAACACCUUACCGAGUGCGUGCUCUCACAUCCGGGCAACAAGUCCACUCUCGUGCCGCGUGACGUCACCACCGCGGUGGCGAAGUUUCGAGCGGACAUCUCUUUCCUUUCCCGAAGCGGCACACUUUCCACGCUGGUGUCGUCACAUGAUGUACACCAUCACCAGAGGGCCCAGCAAACUUGUUACACAACGGAGGACGACAGGUCCCACGCAACAAAUCGACAGCAAAUUAGCCGAGUCGAAGCACAAGCCGACGACGUGGCUCACUUCAAAUGCUCCAACCCCAAAGAUCGUGUUCAACCGCCUCAAUGGGAAGCGUUACCACGGUGCGUCCACACAGAAGGUCGACAGCCCGGCAGAGGGGUUCACACCCGCGCACGAGGAGAACGUCAAAUUUGUAUAUGAAGCAUGGCGAGAGGUGCAGCAGGAGUUGGGCGAUGAAGACGUCAAGGACUCGACGGGCAGCCAAGGACCCGUUCAGUACACCGAGAAGAUUCCCAAUUCUGCCAUAAAGAACUUUGUCCCUAUGGACUUGGAGGAGUGGUGGGCUCAGCGCUUCCUUGCAAACAUUGCAGGCCUGUCAUGACUGCUUUGAGAAGCAAAGUGUUGACGCUCCACCAGCCGAGGAACCACAAGGCUCAGGAAGAGAGGCAGGUCAUGGAUCCAGGAAGCUUGGUGUGAAGACUUUUACGCCUUUUGGAACUUGACCUGAUGCCUGGAGCGUUACUACGCUGCUUCAGGCAAUACUGAGCGCACAAAAACGGCCCAGAUGAUAUUUUGCUGCACAAUGCUCCUCUCUACUUGAAGGAAACAGUUGAUUGAAAUUGUUUGAGAGCUUCCCUCCUUCUUCAAGUGUUCUGCUGUACCUACUCUGGCUCAUCCUUUGGACCGGAAUCUACUGAAGAACAAUAAUAAAAUGUUUUUUCAGAACUCUGUUCAUACUUUUGAA